AUGGAAAGCCAGGGCAGGUGGUAAAAUUAGCAAAUAUAAAUUGAUGCUUCGCAUGAUCCAGAUGUGAUGACUCCUUAGAAAUAUGAACAGACUAUUAAGAUUAAUGAUAUAUAUAAUGAAGACAUGAAAGACACCUUAGCAAGAGAUGAGAUGCUUGAAGAUGAAUUGUUUAAGAGCGCGGAGCCAAUGGCACAAUCUUUGAGAAUUUUUAAUAUAUUCGAUAUUGACAAAAACAGUAAAAUUGACCUUAAUGAACUCAAAGUUAUUUGCAAGUCCCUCAAUUUACACCCAAACAAUAAAGAGCUAAAGUAAAUGAUAAUAGAUAUUUCUGACAGCGAGGACUACACAAUUUCAUUCGAGUAAUUCAGAGCAAUGAGAGUACUCAGAAAAGCUUGCGAGCUUAAUGUUCUAGCUGAGUUUAAGAAAUUCGACAUUCACAAAAUUCAAAGAGGAAUAGUCACUAGGGAAUGUAUCAAGAAAGUACUAAAGGCUGAAAAGCUGGAGGACAGAAUGCUUGAAUAGAGAAUAAAUGAUAUCAUGAGUUAUGAUAGUGAUGCUGAUGGACUUCUUACUUUCAAAGAUUUUUAUGAUAACAUGCUCAGGAGAGUCCCCUAGGAAUGGCUAAAUUGGAUUUAUGAUAAUUUGAGAAAAGGGGUAAGGGAGGAUUUCAUAAGAAUGAGUUUAGAGGUAAAUGGAGUAGAUCCUUAGCUUUCUGCUAGCCUAAUACAGAAAACAAAAGAAUAAGGUCCUCUUUAAAUUGGUAAAACAUUUGUAGACCAGAGUAGACAAUAUAUCUAUGUCAUGAAGUCUUGA